CAAUUUCAAUCACAUUUAGAUGCAAAAUUAACAAACUUUUGGUCAACUCAGGUCAAGGAUAUUAAUAAAACUGAUGAUUUUAAAAACCACGAAUUACCAUUAGCAAGAAUUAAGAAAAUAAUGAAAUCUGAUAAAGAUGUUAAUAAAAUUUCAUCAGAAGCUCCCAUAUUAUUUGCUAAAGCUUGUGAAAUUUUAAUAUUAGAAAUGACCCACAGAUCAUGGAUUCAUACUGAAUUAAAUAAAAGGAGAACAUUACAAAGAACCGAUAUCAUAAACUCGUUAUCAAAAUGUGAAACAUUUGAUUUCUUAAUAGAUAUGUUACCAAGAGAAGAAAUCAAA